AUGGGGGCCGCCAUUAUGAAGAGUUGCUUCAUUGGACAGUCGGCGGAUGUGCCGCGUCGUCACAAGUCGCACCAUGAGGCUCGUCGACGCUAUGAGCAGCAAUGUACGCGUGCACUGGCUAUGACGUUGCCAUCGUCGACGUGCAGCUCCGCCCCACGCACGAUCAGCCGCCGUAGCGCCACGUGUCUAGAGUCAAUGGACAAGAAGAAGCUUCUUGGAAAGAAUUUUACAGACCGUUCUAGUGCACAGGAGUUGCCACAAACGGCAGUACAUCUUCAGGAUGUCAAUAGAACGAAAAAGAGUCCCGCUGGUUCCGUGAGUUCUGAGGCUGCUACGAUGUCGGAGAGCUCAUUUGUGGUCGAUUCACCGUCUAGUGCAACCAGCCCCGUGCUUCGUACGUCGACCAUUGGCUUUCGUGCUCUUUUGCCAGAGCAAUACGUGCUUGAAUGCGUUGCUGGUAAAGGCACGACCUCAACUUGCUACAAAUGUGUACGAAAGACGGACGGGCAACGGUUUGCUUGUAAAAUUAUUGAAAAGAGAAGAUUAGCUCCAUCGGCCAGAAAAAGGAUGGAAGUGGCCGCUCAAUUACGACGUGAAGUCGACGUCUUGCGACGUGUGGAUCAUCCACAUAUUGCAAAGUUGGAACAGUCUUUUGAAGACGAUAAUUAUCUCAUUCUUGUCAUGGAAUUAAUGGAAGGAGGUGAAUUGUUUGACGCUAUUGUGGACAAAGGCCGUUUCUUAGAACAAGAGGCUAUUUAUGUUACUCGUUGUAUUCUCUCGGCCAUUCAGCAUAUGCACGAGCGUGGUAUCGUCCACCGUGACCUCAAGCCGGAGAACGUAUUGUUGGCCAUGUCGACUCGUCGCCGACGUCAUCAGGAUGCAGUCACGCCACUGAAUAUAAAGAUUAUUGACUUUGGUUUUGCUAAAGUACUUCGGGAAGGUGCGACGUCCAUGUCCUUUCUAGGAACAGGAGGUUACUUGGCUCCGGAGAUUUUGCUGCGGCAGUCCUAUGGCACUUCUGUAGACAUGUGGUCCUUUGGGGUCUUGACGUACUUGUUGCUUUGUGGCCGACUACCAUUUGCAGCUACGACGAAGCUACGACCUAACCAGAAGAUUGAAUCGUUGUACAAGCUCACUUUUCCUAAGAGGUACUGGCGGGGGGUAAGCCCCGUGGCCAUCGAUUUUCUCGAACGCGUAUUGGAGCUCGAUUCAUCUGCUCGGCUGACGGCCACAGAGGCACUGAACCACCCGUGGCUUCGGUGCUAA